AUGGCCACUACAGGCAUUGUCGACAACUCACCUCAUCAUCCCGACCCCUCACCACCAGUUCCCACGGCGUCAAACCUGAUUCUCAUUGACAACUAUGACUCAUUCACCUGGAAUGUCUACCAAUACCUCGUACUUGAGGGUGCCAAGGUCACCGUCUACCGCAAUGACCAGAUCACGCUCGAUGAGCUGAUAGCUUUGAAACCCACCCAGCUGGUCAUCAGCCCCGGACCCGGCCACCCAAGGACUGAUUCAGGAAUCAGUCGUGAUGCCAUCAAGCACUUUGCCGGCAAGAUUCCCAUCUUUGGCGUGUGUAUGGGCCAGCAGUGCAUCAUCGAUCUGUACGGGGGCGAGGUCAGCUUCGCCGGGGAGAUCCUGCACGGCAAGACGUCUCCCCUGGUCCACGACGGUAAGGGGGUUUACGCCGGCCUGGCACAGGGUCUGCCCGUCACCAGGUACCACUCCCUGGCAGGUACCCAUGUGAGCCUCCCCGAGGCCCUUGAGGUCACCUCGUGGAUUGCCAAGGAGGACGGCAGCAAGGGCGUCAUCAUGGGCGUCCGGCACAAGGAGUACGCCAUCGAGGGCGUACAGUUCCAUCCCGAGAGCAUCCUCUCCGCCGACGGCCGCGCCAUGUUCCGCAACUUUGUCAGGCUCCAGCACGGCACCUGGGCGGAGAACUCGGAGAUUCUGCAACAGGCCAAGGACGCCGCCGCUAGCUCCAAGGCCAAAGAGGCUGUCGCCUCCUCGGGCGGCAAGAAGCCUAACAUUCUGCAAAAGAUCUACGCCCGCCGCAGGGAGUUGGUGUCGGCCCAGAAGCAGCUCCCGUCGCAGAGAAUGGCCGACCUCGAGGCUGCAUAUCGACUCAAUGCCGCUCCCCCGCUGGUGCCCCUAAUCGACCGCCUCCGCCAGUCCCCCUUCGAAGUGGCGCUUAUGGCUGAGAUUAAGCGUGCUUCGCCGUCCAAGGGCGAUUUUGCACCGCACAUCAAUGCCCCGGCCCAGGCGCGCAAGUAUGCCCUAGCAGGCGCCAGCGUCAUCUCGGUUCUCACAGAACCAGACUGGUUCAAGGGGAGCAUCGAGGACCUGAGAGCCAUUAGACAGGUUCUUGCCGGCAUGCCAAACAGGCCGGCAAUACUCCGCAAGGAGUUCAUCUUUGACGAGUAUCAGAUCCUCGAGGCGAGGUUGGCCGGAGCCGACACGGUGCUUCUGAUUGUGAAAAUGCUGGAAGUCGACGUACUCAAGCGCCUAUACGACUACUCCUUGUCAUUGGGAAUGGAGCCGUUGGUCGAGGUUCAAAAUGGCGAUGAAAUGUCCAUCGCCGUGGAGCUUGGUGCAAAGGCCAUUGGUGUGAACAACCGCAACCUAGAGAGUUUUGAGGUCGACCUGGGCACGACGAGCCGGCUGAGAUCCAUGGUACCAGAGUCCACCAUCCUGUGUGCGCUCAGCGGCAUCAACACGCACGAUGAUGUCAUGGCCUACAAGAAGGAUGGAGUCAACGCCGUGCUCGUCGGCGAAUCCAUCAUGCGGGCUCCGGACGCCUCCGAGUUCAUCCAUCAGCUUUGCGCAGGCGUAGCCGCAGCACCCGCAGAGCCCCAGCCCGGGCCUUUGCUGGUCAAGAUCUGCGGCACGAGAACGGCCGAGGCCGCGGCAGAGGCCGUCAAGGCGGGAGCCGAUAUGGUGGGAAUGAUACUGGUCCCCGGCACGAAGCGAUGCGUCUCGGACGAGGCGGCCCUGGAGAUAUCAAAGGCGGUGCACGAGACGGCGCCGUCUUCGGCUGCCCCAAAAUCACAACAGACGACCCCAAAGGAUUUUUUCUCGCAAGGCAGAGAGUCGCUCAGGAGAAAAGGGCCGCUGCUGGUUGGAGUCUUCCAGAACCAGCCCCUCGACGAGAUUCUGGAAAAACAGGCACGAUAUAAGCUGGAUGUUGUCCAGCUCCAUGGCAACGAGCCCGUGGAAUGGGCAAGGCUGAUACCCGUGCCCGUCGUGCGCAAGUUCAAGCCUGGGGAACCAGGGCUUGGGCUCCGUGGCUACCACGUACUGCCGCUGUUGGACUCUGGCUCCGGGUCCGGACAGCAACUGGAUGCAGCGGCCGUCAAGGCCGAAUUCGAGAAGGACGCGGAUCUGCAGGUCGUCUUUGCGGGCGGGUUGGGGCCUGACAAUGUAGAGCACGCCGUCUCGGCCUUGGGCGAGUUUGCCGGCCGGGUGGUGGGAGUGGAUGUCAGCAGUGGAGUCGAGGAGGACGGCAAGCAAAGCUUGGCCAAGAUACGGGCCUUUGUUGAGGCUGCUAGACGUAUUAGAUAA